GGCGCCUGCAGACAAAGAGGGCGCAGGGCUGAGCGGCGGCUGUUCUUCUCACGAGCAAAAGCGAGGGAGCGAAACCGCAAAUCCUCCCGAACGGGUUUGCCGGGAAGGCUGGGAAGGGGCUGGUGAGUGUGGGGAGGAGGAUCCUUUUGCCCCCAGCAUGAAAAUAGGAGGCAGUGAAGCCCAAGACAGACAGAGGGAGGCGCCGUCCGGCCGGUUCAAUCCCGCAUUGGCUCACCUGCAGCUCCCCGGCUGGAUCUCAGUACCUGCAGCGAUCCGGGGAGAUCGGAAAGCGCCUUCCCCCCUGGUUCCCCCUGCGCCUCCGCUCCUCACGCGGCCCGUUUCCUGAUCCUGCAGGGUCCGAGAUGUGGGAGUUCUGGAUGGCGCGUUGCGCAGACAGGAAAAAAAAUGACAUUUGGAUUGCAGUUCUUUGUUGUUGUUUUUCCUCCUGAAGUUGGAAGAGGAGAGCAUCAUAUUUUGCCUGUGACGUCUCUUUUUGAGCUGAAAAUAAAUGAUAAAGAGGACACCUCAGUGGCCUCAUAAAGUUAAUCCAUAGCCUCUUCGUGAAAAUUGGACACUUUGUGGAGCCAGGAGAGCAUUUGCCCUAUUUUGAACUCCACUUGACCAGGAAGAUAAAAUGGAGGUCCAACGAUCUUCAGGAAGAGGAGCUUCCAAAGGCCCUCCUGCCAUUCGGCCUGGGAGCAGAGGGGACUUUGGGGGAAGGAGCAGCCUAAAAGUCCUCCCUGAGGGGACCCUCAGCUCAGACGCUCAGCGCUGGCGCUUCCAGAGUUUCUGCUACCAGGAGGCCCGAGGGCCCCGGGAGGUGUGCAGCCAGCUGCACCGGCUGUGCCAUCUAUGGUUGAAACCAGAAAGAAGCACAAAAGCUCAGAUGCUGGACUUGGUGGUCCUGGAACAGUUCUUGGCCAUCCUGCCCACAGAGAUGGAGACCUGGGUGAGGGAAUGCGGAGCAGAGACCUGCUCCCAGGCAGUGGCCUUGGCAGAGGGCUUCCUUCUGAGCCAAGCAGAGGACAAGGAACUAGGAAAGAAGCAGGUGCAGGAACUGUUCGUGGAGGAGAUCUCAGCAGACCCCCGGGGAAGAGGAGAUCAACCCAGUCCUCCUUCUCAAGAGCUGUUUUUCAGGAGGAUCUCCCAGGAAGAUCCAACUCGGGUCACCUCCCCAUGGAAUGGAAGAACAUUGAUGGAAAUCCCUGAAAUGUUACUUGUUUGUGAUGGGACAGAAGUAGCAGCUGUGCCUCCAGCUCAGGGCUUCAUCGCCUUUGAGGAAGUGGCUGUGCAAUUCACGGAGGAGGAAUGGGCACUCCUCAGUUUGAGCCAAAGAGCCUUGUGCAGGGAGGUCAUGCUAGAGGUUUCUAUGAACAUGGCUGCUCUGGCAGGCGAUGGGCAGGAGAAUGAGAACAACAAACAGCCGAGGUUAGUGCCACUGCAAACAGCUAAGUGUGAAGUGGAAGAAGUGAUGCUUGGCUAUCAGGGGGAUCUAAAAAAGCAAGAGAGAAGCCACACGGAAGAUGGAGAGGAGAAGUCCUUCACUUCUCUCCCUGCUGAAAUCCAUCACUUCCUGACCCAGCAAGCUCAGAAAGAAAACACAAAGGGAAAAUAUACAGGAUGUGGGCAAAGAGGGAAAAAUAAGUUUAAUUUACAUGAAUAUUGUAGAAGCCAGGCUAAAAGGAAACAGUAUGGCUGCAGACAAUAUGGAAAAAACGUCAAUAAUUUCUUCUCUCUUACUUUACCUAAAAAACUGUACAGGAAACACAAACCACAUACAUUUAUAAAAUUUGGGAGGGGUUUCAGCCUGAGCAGUUAUGUUAAUUCCUAUGAAGAAUUUCACACAGAGAUGAAGCUAUGUAAAUGCAUGAACUGUGGAAAGAGCUUCAGUACAAACAGUAAUCUUAUUCGCCAUCAAAUGAUCCACACAGGUGAGAAACCAUAUAAAUGCAUGGACUGUGGAAAGAGAUUCAUUGAGAACAGAGACCUUACUCGUCAUAAAAGGAUCCACACAGGGGAGAAACCAUAUAAAUGCAUAGAGUGCGGAAAGGCCUUCAGAACAAAUGGUCAUCUGACUCGCCAUCAAAUGAUCCACACAGGUGAAAAACCAUAUAAAUGCAUGGAGUGUGGAAAAAGCUAUAUUGAGAACAGAGAUCUUACUUGUCAUAAAAGGAUCCACACGGGGGAGAAACCAUAUAAAUGCAUGGAGUGUGGAAAGAGCUUUCCUCGGAAUAGUGCCCUGAUUUGCCAUCAAAAAAUCCACACUGGAGAGAAACCAUAUAAAUGCAUGGAAUGUGGGAAGAGCUUUAUUAAGAAAGGACAACUUACUUCCCAUCAAAGGAUCCACACAGGUGAAAAACCAUAUAAAUGCAUGGAAUGUGGAAAGAGCUUCAGUAGAAACAAUAAUCUUACAUCUCAUCAAAGGAUCCACACAAGGGAGAAGCCAUAUGAAUGCACCAAGUGUGGAAAGACCUUUAUUUAUAAUAGUGGUCUUUCUCGCCAUCAGAGGAGACACACAGGUGAGAAACCAUAUAAAUGCACAGAGUGUGGGAGGACCUUUAUUCAGAAAGGACAACUUACUUCCCAUCAAAGGAUCCAUACCGGUGAGAAACCAUAUAAAUGCAUGGAGUGUGGAAAGACCUUCAGUAGCAAGAGCGCCAUUACCUACCAUCAAAGAAUCCACACGGGUGAGAAACCGUAUAAAUGCACCGAGUGUGGGAAGACCUUCAUUCAGAAAGGACAACUUAUUUCCCAUCAAAGGUUCCACACAGGGGAGAAACCAUAUAAAUGCAUGGAGUGUGGGAAGACCUUCGGUAGCAGCAGUGCCAUUACCUACCAUCAAAGAAUCCAUGUUGGUGAGGAAACAUACCUAUGCAUGAAGUGUGGAAAGAGCUUCAGUAGCAACAGUACUCUUAAUCGCCAUCAGAGGAUCCACACAGGGGAGAAACCAUAUAGUUGCAUGGAGUGUGGAAAAAGCUUUCGUCGGAAUACAGAGCUUAUUCAUCAUGAAAGAAUCCACACAGGGGAGAAACCAUAUAAAUGCACAAAGUGUGGAAAGAAGUUUGCUCAGAAAGGACAACUUAAUUCUCAUGAAAGGAUCCAUACAGGGGAGAGACCAUAUAAAUGCAUGGAUUGUGGAAAAAGCUUUCGUCGGAACACAGAACUUAUUCAUCAUAAAAGGAUCCACACUGGGGAGAGACCAUAUAAAUGCAUUGAGUGUGGAAAGCAGUUUACUCAGAAAGGGCAUCUUACUCAUCAUGAAAGAAUUCACACAGGGGAGAAGCCAUAUAAAUGCACAGAGUGUGGAAAGAGCUUUACUCAGAAAGGACAACUUAAUUCUCAUAAAAGGAUCCACACAGGGGAGAGACCGUAUAAAUGCAUGAAGUGUGGAGAAAGCUUCAACAACCACAAGACCUUUACUCAUCAUAAAAGGAUGCACACAGGGGAGAGUCCAUAUAAAUGCACGGAGUGUGGAAAAAGCUUUAACAACCACAAGACAUUUACUUACCAUAAAAGGAUCCAUACAGGUGAGAAACCAUAUAAAUGCAUAGAGUGUGGAAAGAACUUUACUCGGAAAGAACAUCUUACUCGUCAUGAAAGGAUCCACACAGGGCAGAAACCUUAUAAAUGCACAGAGUGUGGAAAGGGCUUCAGUACUAACUGUAAUCUGACUCGCCAUCAGAGGAUCCACACAGGGGAGAAACCUUAUAGUUGCAGAGAGUGUGGAAAGAGAUUCAUUGAGAAUAGAAACCUUACUUUCCAUCAAAGGAUCCACAUAGGGGACAGACCAUAUAAAUGCACUGCGUGUGGAAAGAGCUUUUUUGACAACAGAGACCUUAUGUGCCACCAAAUGAUCCACACAGGGAAUAAACCUUAUAAAUGCUCGGAGUGUGGAAAGAGCUUUAUUCAGAAAGGCAAACUUAAUUCUCAUAAAAGGAUCCACACAGGAGAGGGACCAUAUAAAUGCAUGGAGUGUGGAAAGAAUUUUAUUGACAACAGAGAUCUUACUCGCCACCAAAGGAUUCACACGGGGGAGAGACCAUAUAAAUGCAUGGAAUGUGGAAAGACCUUUAUUGACAACAGAGACCUUACUCGCCACCAAAGGAUCCACACAGGGAACAGACCAUAUAAAUGCACUGAGUGUGAAAAAAGCUUUAAUGACUACAGCAUCUUUACUCAUCAUUUAGGGAUCCACACAGGAGAAAAAUAUAAAUGCAUGGAAUGUGGAACAAGCUUCAUUGAAAAUAGUGCGCUUAGUUGUCAUAAAUGUAUACACACAUGAAAAACCAUAUGAAUCCAUUGAAUGAGCUUCAUUCGAAAUAGUCAACUAAUUCAUCAUCAAAGCAUCCAGACAUGAGAGAGAGCUUACCGUUGCAUGGAAUGUGCAAAGAUCUUUGGUUUGAGCUGGAAUCUCAUUUAGCAUUUAACAUCUACACAGGAGAAAAGCUGUAAGUGCUCGAAUAUGAAAAUAGCUGAGAGUGGAUCAGUGACCUUACUUGUCACAGGAUGACCCAUACAGGAGAAUUACAGUAGAGAAGUUCAAGAGAAUGGGCGAGUCAGUGAAAGUGCACCCUAGUCUCAUUCAUGUUACACUUUCUGCACAUAUCCUGGAUAUGGAGAACAUACCAUCUCAGAUUGCUAGGUCUGUGGUCAAAGAAAGUUAGGGCUUUAUGUGAUACAGGUAGUCCUUGCUUAACAUCCACUCAUUCAGUGACUGAACUUAUGAUGGUGCUGAAUGAGUGGUAAUUACAACCGUUCCUCAAAGUUCCAGCCAUUGCAGUGACCCCACAGUACUGUCAAUCCCAGUGCUUGGCAACUGGCCUGGAUUUCCAGCCGUUGUGGGAUACGAGUCAUAAAGAUCAUGAUUUGCAACUUUCCCUGCCUGCUUCCCACAAGCAAAGUUAAUGGGGUUACAUGAUGUUGCCUUUAUGAUCUCAUUGUUUAGCGACAGAAAUUCUAGUCCCAGUUACCAUUGUUAAGUCCCAGCUACCUGUAAUGUGGCAGGUGUGGGAGGUGGAACAAGAAGAGAAGAAAAACUGCACAGCUUAAGAAAGGAGAAGAGAGGUGAAAAGAAAGUAUAUAAUUUUUUUUUUUUUUUCACAUUCAUCAAAGGAGUUUCAUGUAAGUCUAGGGCUUGCAUCAGAUGAGAUCUGCCUAGGGCUGCAAUAUUAUAACAGAGCUAAAUGGAACUCCAAACUGCAUGUUUUUGUAACCCCAAGCUACAUUGCCCAAACCAUCCUAUUCCCACUGAUUUUACAGUUUUCCAAACUCUAUAAAUUAAUUUCUUCCAUGAUUUCUCAAAAGUGUCUGUCCUGGGCAGUCAACGAUCAGAGAAAAGGGUAGGAAUUCAGACUGGAAGAGAAAGGAGAUGUUAUGGAUCUCUGGGGAUAAUGGUAGCCCAGGUCCAUCAUACACACCUUUUUUGUAGUCUGAGUUGAAGGCGUUCUAGCAAGGCUUCCUCCAUGCAGUCAGUGGAUGCCACCUAGGAAGCCUCUAAUCAACCAGCCCCAUAGAGUUCAAAUUGCACACAGACUGUGGAUACAGCAAGGCAAUUGUUGUGUCUGAACCAUUGUGCUGAAAACAUGAUCCACACUUCGGUGCAGAUUGCCAUAAGUUCAGAGAACUGCAAAAAAACAGUCUGUAAAGGAGACUUUCCUGUCAUCUUUCUUAUUUUUGUCCUUUUUUUCCCCCAUCUCUUUCUUUCUCCUCCUUUCUUUUCCAUGAAACUGUCUUGCCAGAUUACCCAGUCCAAUUUUCAGGGGUUGCACAACCUGCUGAACAAGAAGCUGACCCCCGAGCUGGAUUCACCCCAUUAGUUGCACUGAAAUUUGGUUAGUAACAGGCUGGAAUCUUUAGAAAGUAAGUAUUUGGGCUUUCUUAGAUUAGAAAGCAAGUUUGAGGUUGGAAGAUAAAAGAUAUACAGUUAUGUCUGAUGUAGAAAGAUCAGAUAAAUUCUCCCUGCCUGAUAAAACAACCCAAAUGAAGGAUCAACUAGAAUUGAACGUGGAAGAUUCUGGAUGGACAGACCCAUCAACUGGGUUCCUGUAAUGCAUCAGGUGAGACUAAAAUGGGAUUGGGUAAUUUCUGACAUCUGGUCAACCUUGUCUAGAUAAGCAGGGUCUGCCCUGGUUAGAGAUGGGAUAAGAGACCACCAGGAAUUCCAAGAU